UAUCUAUUGUACCUAUAGCUGAAUCUACAGUAAUAUUAUAGCAUUUCAACACUUUCCCCAGUAAAGAUGUCUGCGUCGAGCUCGCAGGCAGACUUGCCUUGUCCGUGCGAGGCAGAUACCUCCUCGGAGUCCACGCUGUCUGCAGUGUGCGUGUGUCCUCGCGAGGAACACGGCAUCAGGAUCCACGAGCCCAAGUGUCUGCUGUACAAGAAUGAGACCUUCGUGUUUCCGCCGUACCCUGAGAGCUGCGAGUGCCCCGGUGCGCCGCCGGAGGCAGGGGACUCCCCGGAGUGCGUGUGCUGCGAGUGUCACCAGACCAGGAUAAUGUGCACCUGCAACAAGGCCGGCCGCGAGGCGUUUGAUAAAUGGCGCAACUCGCGCGCCAUAGCCGGUGCUCUACCAGCGGUCCUGGAGCCUCAACACCCGCUCAUGAAGCGGUUCCAGGACACGCUGCGACGCUUUCUCCAGCGGGAGAACGAUAUCGCGGAGGAACAGAUACUCAAACUGCGUGACGAGCUUAAAAACAGUAAGGAAGCUUAUAAUAAAGAUCUAGAAGAAAUGUAUCGCCACGACCACGACACUAAUGCGCAAAGGGCAUUGAUAGAAGAGUACGAAGCUAACUUGGCGAAGCUCGCAGCGGACAGAGUCGCGGCUGAAUCGAAGGUCAAGGACAACACCGAGGCGUACAAGAAGGCUAAGGAAAAGCUGGAACAGGAUAUCAUGUCUGAAAGAGAAGCGACCCAAGAGCUGGACGCCCUAACGAACCUGUGCCGGCAGCUGGAGCAGUGGCGCCAGGAGACGGAGGCGGCGCUGGCCGUCAGCCACAACAUGUCCGAUAAGAUGAAGAAAGAGAAGCGAGCUCUGGCCGAUGAGAAGAGGCAACUGGACAUCAUCAUCUUCGGCCUGAACUCUGAAAUAUGGAAAUUGGAGUCCAAAUUGGACAUGUUUACAAAGCAGUUUGAGAUCAAGAACAACGAAAUGAACAAUGUCAACGAUAAGGUGGCAAUGUACGCAGCGGAGCUAGAAGACCUGGAGCUGGAGCAGCGGCGGCUGGUGAGCCUAUGGAGCUGCGUGCUCGUCAACAUACGACAGCGGGACAAAGUCUUUGAUUCCGUUAAGGACGAUUACAGGAACCUGCAAGAAAAUUACCGAACUUUGAUGACUAACUUGGAGGUCACGAAGAAAAUGACGAAUGAAGAGAUGACUCGCAGCAAACAAAUAGCAAUGAUGAAAGAUAAACUUGCUUACGAAUUGGCUGCUGUUAAUAAGCAAUAUGAUGCUGAAGAUGCUAAACGCGUUUCAAUAGAAACUGUGAUUGAAGAACUUCAAGAGUCGAUUCAAAUGUGUGAAAGAGAUCAGCAAUUGAUUAAAAUGGAAAACCAAACGCUUUCUGGCAUCCUAAAUACAGCGACAAAGGAAGUUGAGAGGAAAUCAGCCCAGAAGAUAAAGUUAGAGAAUGAGAUUCUCACAAACCUCCAAGAGAUACUCCUCAACGACAAGGCCGUGGAGUCGAUGGCAAAUGGGAUCAAGAGAAUGAGAGACAUGGCGAGGAAACAGGAAAUAGCGCUUAUGAAUAUGGAGGCAAACCACGCCAAGGUAAUGUUCGAUAUCGAAGUACACAAAAGUCGGCAGGCUAAGAAUGAACUGACCCUCCAAGAAAUCAACGAGAAGGCAAAAGCGAGGGAGAAGGAGGUGGAAGAACUAGAGGAAAAACUUGAAAAGAAGGCCACGAUGCAGAUGAGGAAACAAAGAGAGCUUGAUAUUGUCAUGAAGAAAUACUUGGCAUUGAAGGAAACGUGUGAUCUAAAGUCACCGCAGCAACUCCGCAUCCAGGAGCUGGAAACCCAAAUCCGGUCCCUACGAGACCGUGCGGAGCAGAUACAGGGCUCCUGGCUGCGCCUGCAGGGCCACGUGGUGCGGCUCGCCACGCAGCACCAGGCGCUCACCAGCGACGCCAACCUCAUUAGCAAGCAGAUUCAAAUCUGUGAACAGAAGUCGCUGCGUAUUCAGGCAGAAUGCGACAGUGUCACUGAAGAACGCAAUAAAGUGGACCAGUCCCUGAGGUCUUUGAGAGGGAAACUUGAAGUGCUGGAACACAAUAGGAAAGACGCUAUGGACCAAAAUAAUCAGAAGGAAAGAGCUAUACUCACAAUAGCACAAGAAUAUAAUGCCAAUUUGAAGGGCGCUGAAAGUGAAAUUUUGGAGCUGGAGGAAGAAAUUGAGAAUUUGGAGAAGGAUAAAGAAAAUAUGACUCAAGAAUUGGACCAGAGACAGAGGGAAGCUCUUAUAUGGCAAAGGAAAGGAAUAUUGGCGGUGGAGCUGAAGAAGAGCAUCAAGGAAUCCCAGUCCUCUGCCGGAGAGAUUGGACAGAUGAAAGCUGAAAUUCACAGGAUGGAGGUCCGUCGCGAGCAGCUCCGCCACAUCGGCGAACGUCUCGCAGCCGACCUGGCGCACUGCGUGACGCAGCGACAGACGGCCGCAGACAAGGCGCGCGCCGCCGCCGCCGUGGCGCACAAGCAGCGCUCCGCCGCCUCCUCGCAGCAGCACAAGACGAGGCGGCUGAAGCAGGACGUCGUUAGGCUUACUAAGGACAUAUCCGAGACGAAAGCCCGCAUGGAGGAGCUGCACAAGGAACAAGAGAAGCUGGAGCGAGACGUGGAGGAGCUGAACAAGCUGAACGCGGAGCUCGAGGAGAGGGUCGCCGCCAUGCUCGCCGACUGCAAGCACGCCGACCGGGAGAAGCAGUGGCUUCUAGAGCGUGUGGUGCGAAGCCAGCGCCUCGGCAAGGAGCUCACGACGGCAGUCAAGCGGAACUCUCUCAAAACCCGAGGCACUUCCAACUCAGUCCAGGAGUACACCACCAGCAGCCAGCUCAACGACCGCUUGCGCUACAUCGUGGAGACCUUGGACAGAGAGUUCCCGUAUCUGGAGGACCGUCUGGCGAUCAUCAGUAACACGCUGAACAUCCACAGCCCCACGGAUUCCCCGCGGCUGCUGGACGGCGCGUGCUACGCUGAUGAUGAAGCGGCGGUCGUCGUGGCUGAGAAGCCUUUGUCGGAAUAAUUUUCUGAAGCUCUUUUGUUGCUAUAGGAAUGAGUAGUUACUGUACUUAUUUAUUACUAUAAGUACCUACGUAGGCCGUGAGUGGUAGGUACAAAAUCUUGGCAUAAAGAGUCGCGCAAGGAAGGGUUCAGUUCCAUUUCAUCUAUAAAUCAGCACCUGGCGAUGGCGGGCAGCUGCCCGGGUUAGCAUUGGGGCUUUGUAUUUAUUGUAGUGUAGCUGAGAAACUUUAAUAACGCGAUGUAGGAUUUCAUAGAUAUGAUUCGUUUCUAUACAUGUUCUUUGUGUUGCAUUCCGAGCGCCAUCUGUUGAUUGUGUGGCGAGGUGUCCGCCACAAUGUGAAUGUGAACUUACCCACCCGCAGAGAACCAGUGUGAUGAGAGCCCUUAGAUCUUGGGCAUUGCCUUCGAGAGAGCCAGAGACAGGAAAUAACACCUCACCAAAAGAAUAAAAUAGAAGAAAGAUUAUAUUGUGUAAUAGAGGGACUGCAUUAAUAUAAUUAUAUCAUGAUUGUUUAUAAAUGUAGGUAUUUAGUGUGAAUAAAUCAAAAAGUUUAAGUA